AUGCUUCAUCACCAUACAGAUACCCGAUCACGACCUUCAUCCCUCUCUCAGCAAGUGCUCGUUCACAAUCUUCAUGCUGCCGAUUUUAAUACACCAGCCAAGAUUUUGCAAUACAAUCAGCGUGAUGGUGGUUGCCAUAAAUUCGAAAAUGUAACGCCAGACGUAUCCAUUCCAGGCACUCCUGCACCACACGAUCACAUUGAUGAAUAUGAAGCGAGCCAUGAUGAGUCCCCGGUUGUUGAACAUCAUCAUUACUUUGGUCGUAAACCACCAUCCAAUGUCGAUACCCCGACAUCUUUGUCUCCCCAUCAUAGUGGUGAAAAGCAACAACAACAACGACCUAAACCCGUUGCUCGGCACUCUUCUGGAACCAUUGUAUCAAACCAGCCAUCGCCUCAGAUUGUAAUUUCAUCCUCAUCCUCGCCUAGUACACCAUUAUCGCUUUCACGUCCCGCUUCACCAACAGGCGGCAAUGCCAAGAACAACCAUCUUAAUCAUAUUGAUGAUGACGAUGAUGAUGAUGAUGAUGAUCGUACGUUGAGCAGCAUUGGCGAGCAACCUGUACCCAGUGCCAGCACCUCAACAUCGAUUCCUAGUCGACCCUCAACACCAUCCCAAUUCAUGUUCAAGAAACCAGAGUACAAUACAAAGUACAAACAAACACACUUCCAUCACUUGGAGAAAAAGGAGACACUUUUCCAUGGACUCAAACGCUUUUUCAAACACGACAAGCACAAGAAAAAGAAAGGUGUAUCCGAAAACAAAACUACCAUCAGUGCGAGUAGCAGUAUGAGCGACUUGAGCUUUGCCAAUGAGUUCAAUAAGGAUAUCGAAGGACGCUAUGGCAAAUGGGGACGCUUUGUCGGUAAAGGUGCCGGUGGUUCGGUGCGUGUGAUUCGUCGGAGCACGGAUGGCAAGACAUUUGCUGUCAAGCAGUUUCGAAAGAGAGCCCCACAUGAAAACGAAAAGGAGUAUGUCAAAAAGGUCACUGCCGAAUUUUGCAUUGGAUCCACCUUACACAAUGCCAACGUCAUUGAGACACUGGAUAUCAUUCAAGAACGCUCAUCGUUUUAUGAAAUCAUGGAGUACGCACCCAACGACUUGUUCAACAUUGUCAUGAGCGGCAAAAUGACACGUGAGGAAAUUGCAUGCUGCUGGCGGCAAAUGCUCAAUGGUGUACAAUAUUUGCAUUCAAUGGGUAUCGCUCAUCGUGAUCUCAAGUUGGAUAACAUGAUGCUUGACGAACGUGGUAUUGUGAAGCUUAUUGAUUUUGGAUGUGCCGUGGUAUACAAGUAUCCAUUUGAAGAUAAGAUGCAUCGAAGCAAGGGCGUGUGUGGCUCUGAUCCUUAUAUUGCACCGGAACAAUACACCCAACCUGAUUAUGAUCCUGCAGCAAGUGACCUAUGGAGUUGUGCCAUUGUCUUUAUUUGCAUGACCAUUCGCCGUUUCCCAUGGCGGAUACCACGUCCUUCUCAAGAUCAAUCUUUCAAAAACUUUAUUACGCCAUCCACAAAUGGUGCUGCUCGUCUUUUCAAAUUGUUGCCACGUGAAGCACGGCCCAUUUUUGGACGUAUCCUGGAAACCGAUCCCACCAAACGCUGCUCUCUCGAUGAUAUCCUUGCCGACUCAUGGGUGAACAGCAUUCCUAUGUGUACUCCAGAGAAGCAUGCAGCUGAUCAUAUGCAUCAUUUGCUAACGCGUCCAUCUGAUCCACGUGUUCUUGAGCGAGGCAACGUUGUUGUUCUUGACAUUGAAACACCUUGCGUCUCUGGCGAAGAAGAUUUCCCUACAAAGAAAAAGGAUCGUCGCAAGCAUAAAGUUAAGCAUAAACACCACUAA